AUGUCGGGUAUCAACAACAAUGUGAACUAUCGACACGUCAUGCACGAAGCGUUAUAUGGGUGGGGUCGUCCCUCGCAGAGAGAAGCAACUGGCAUGAUGGAUGAGCUGGUAGAUCUCUUGUCCCCCGAGGUCAAUGACGGUCUGGAAGGUAUUAGGAAGGAAUGGCGAGAGAUCUCAGAUAACUGUCAAGAUGCGCGAAAUGAAUCUGUCAAGUUGGAUGCGAGACGAAAGAAAUGGAUGGAAAUAUAUGAGAGAACGCAUGAUCUCAGUGAAGAUGAGAGAACCCUCUUAAGAGCGAUUCACGAAUGUUCUAAACCCGACAGGUUAUCGUAUAAGAGCAGAUUCAUGCAAGGGAUGAACUUGAAUCCUACGACGGAAAACCCAGACGAACGUACAAAGGCUGUGAGAUCAGCUUGGAGUACCAUCCAGGAGGAUGUAGAUGGAGACAAGGUGACUAAUAGGGAGAGAAGAAAGAGAUGGUGGGAUGUGGUAGGGUAA